AUGAGCGACGCAGGCGAUGUUGAGAUGGACUCCGGAGGAGAGGGACCAGUCCAUGUAUCCCCCGUCGCAAAUCCUCAAUUGAGCGGGAAAACACUCAAGAGAUCACUCAAACUUCUCAAAAGAGCGCUCACUGUCGAGAAACUUGCAAAGCAACAACGCAUGGAAGGUGGACGUGAGACGGACACAGUUCUCACAAGGCUCGUUAAACGAGGCGUACAAGAUGUGACUAAGGCCAUACGCAAGGGUACACAAGGAGUCGUGCUCCUCGCUUGCGAUGUACAUCCCAUCGAUGUUGUGGCACACCUACCGGUUAUGUGCGAAGAGGCAGGUAUAACAUAUGCUUACGUCUCACCCAAACGGGUCAUUUCGCAAGUAUGCCAAACUAAAAGACCAACUUGUGUGGUACUUAUCGUCAGACCUCCCAGGGAUCUUGAACAACGUGUCAGGAAUCUUACAACAGAGAGACCAGACAGAAUGAACUACUCUGAACUCUAUGAAAAGGUGGACGGGGCCAUAAGGCAGUUACACCCUUUUCUUUGA